AUGGAUGGUGAACUAUGGCGGAAAGAUGUUGAUAUGGGCAAGUAUGGAGGAGAUCCUCUGGCCAGCGUCGAUGUGGGCUGCACGACCAUCGAAGAAAGUCUCAAUAUACCCUCCGCAAGUCCUCCCUCCACGAUUGUCUCUCCUUCACCGGCUGAUAGUCCCGCGAAUGGCCUACCUGAAGGAGCCGUUCUAGUCGUAUGGGCACCCGGAGAUCCUGAUAACCCCCAGAAUUGGUCAAUCGCCUGGAAAUGGACAAUCACCAUCUUCUGUUCCGUUUUGACCCUUAAUGUCACAAUCGCCUCGUCUGGCCCCUCAUCAGCUACUGAAGCUAUCAUGAGUGAAUUCCAAGUAUCAGAGGUGGUUGCAACCUUAGUGACCUCACUGUUCUUGUGUGGCUAUGUUGCAGGGCCGAUAAUUUGGGCACCGCUAUCCGAGAUGAUCGGGCGCCGUGAUGUUUUUAUUGGGACUAUGGGAUUCUUUUUCAUCCUUCAAGUGCCCAUAGCGGCCCCAGAUUCAAACCUGGCGACCAUCAUGACGUUCCGGUUCCUAACUGGGCUCUUUGCCUCGGCACCGGUAUCUAAUUCGGGUGGGGUAGUAGCUGAUAUUUGGGACGCGGUUCAUAGAAAUGAUGCCAUCUCCUUGUUCACAGCCUCAGUCUUCCUCGGUCCUGUGAUUGGGCCAGUUGUAGCUAGCUUCAUUGUCGAAUCCUCUCUUGGAUACCGAUGGAUUUUCUGGGUCUUGAUGAUCGCGAGUGGCGCCACUUGGCUGGGAUCCCUGUUUUUGUUGCCAGAAACUUACUCGCCAAUCUUGCUCUCACGCAAAGCGAAGAAGCUGCGCAAAGAAACUGGGGAUUCAAAGUAUUACUCUGCUCACGAAAAGUCUGACUAUUCUGUCAAAGCGAUCUUUCGACGAACGAUCCUUCGGCCUUUCGAAAUGCUGUUCACAGAGUCUAUUCUUCUUUUUGUAACUGUCUACCUCGCUUUGGUAUAUGGACUACUCUAUGGUCUCUUCGAGGCAUUUCCAGUCAUUUGGGGCGAAAUUCGAGGAUUCACUCCAUGGCAAACAAGUUUAGUCUUCAUAGGGGUCGGGAUUGGAUCACUACUCGGUGCACUUUUGAAUAUCUACCUUGCCCGGCCAAUGGUAAGAGUAGUUGAAAAGUGGCACGGCCAUCCGCCUUGCGAAAUGAAUCUUUACGGAGCCAUGGCUUCCGGCCCUCUACUUGUUAUUGGAAUAUUGUGGCUUGGUUGGACGGGAGCAUAUGCGGCGGUCCCAUGGUGGGUGCCCGCACUCCCGACAGUCUUGCUGGGAAUCACAUUCACAUCGGUGUUUAUUUCAUUCCAGUCGUAUCUGGUUGAUGUCUACCUGAUGUAUGCCGCAUCAGCUUUGGCUGCAACAACCAUCUUUCGCUCUGCCGUAGGCGCCGCCUUUCCCCUGUUCAUGCGACAAAUGCUCCAUGGGAUGGGAACUCAAUGGGCCUGCACAUUGAUUGGUUGCUUUUCCCUGGUGCUCUUACCGAUUCCAUUUAUCUUUUACAAACAUGGAGCCAAGCUUAGGGUCGGCUCCCACUUCGCCCCGGCUCUGGACGUAAAAAUGAGAGCAAGAGUUGCCGAAGAAGAGGCAGAAGAAAACUCUAAGACUAUAGAGAAACAAGUCUAGUCUGGAAUUGUGCCUAGACACAAAC